AUGGAACACUUAUCGAUUAAAUUAGAUGAUUUACCGGACGAAAUUCUUUUGAUUAUUUUCAAAAAAUUAGACAACUUUGCAAUACUUUAUUCUUUAACAGGUGUCAACAAACGGUUACAUAAAAUUGCACAUGAUCCAGAUUUUACAAGUCAUUUAACUUUAUUCAAACACUUAAAGUACGCUUCCGUCUCUGCAUUACCAGAUUCAACACUUUCUCGGUUUUGCUUACAAAUUGUACCUGAAAUUCAUCAUAAAAUUAAAUGGCUUAAUGUGGAACCAGCAUCUAUGGAACAUAUCUUUCUAGCUAAAAAUUAUCCUAAUUUAUAUGGCCUUGGUGUAUAUGGUAUUGAUGUAUCAAGUGCUAUAUCUCUCUUUACUGAAUUACAUGUUUCUCUAGAAUAUUUGUCUGACUGUCUUUAUUUUCUUGAUGGACGUUUCAACGCACUUCGUGUCUUUCAUGUUAACGUUUUGAGUGGUGACAAAGAUCCACCACAGAUCAUUAAUAGGGAAAAUUUACCUAAUUUAAGAUAUUUUUCACUGUACUGUACCUUCGAGACCGUUGUUUAUGAUGAAUUAAUUAUACCACUUCUGUGUCGAAUGCUGAAUUUAGAACAACUCGAUUUGGAUAUUGUAGUUGAAUCAAAGACAACAUUUAUUGAUGGGAAUGAUUUAAAAGAAAAUAUUAUCAAUCAUAUGUCACGAUUAAAUACGUUUACAUUUAGUAUUCGCUCAUUGGUUGAUCUGCGUAAUCAAACUGAAUUAAGAUCAAAUGAAGAUAUUCAACAUACAUUCAAAAAUUUUAAAUAUAAUCAAAUUAUUUCUUAUGUUGAUCAUUUUCAAGAAAAACAAUAUAGUCAAUGUCAUAUAUAUUCAUAUCCAAAUAAACGGAAAUAUUGGAAUAAUAUUACAAAUAAUUUUCCUGGUGGAUUAUAUAAAUAUGUUCGUGAAGUAUCAUUAUAUGAUGAACGUCCAUUUGAACAUGAAUAUUUUCUUCGCAUUGGAGAAGCAUUUCCAUUUAUGGAAGAGUUAACUAUAAAUAAUAAGAAACCACAGAUGAACAAAUUACAUAGAGAAUCAAAGAGCGGCAAUGAAGAUUUCUCAAUUAUUAAAUAUCCGCAUCUUACCCGAGUGAAGUUUUUGGCAGUUCAUGAUGAUUAUGUCGAACAAUUUCUAGUUGAUACGACAAUGUGUUUGCCGAAUAAUGUUUUUCUUGCUGUGUGCGGUCAAGCAUUGGAAAGGGUUACGGAAAAUUUCACAAGAAAUACAACCCGAAUCAACUGUGCAAAACUGCGUCUUGUAUAUCUAGUUGGUAAAUAUGAAAUUACUCAACAAUUAAAAGACUAUUUUCCUCAUACCAAUGUUGUACGCCGAUUAGUGUAA